UUUGAGGAGAAGAUGAGGAUGAUGAGUGGAGAAUGUAAGAAGCUGCAGGAGAUGAAUAAAGCUGCAGAUGAUGAGAUGCGAGCCUUUGAGAUGAAAUACCAAGAUAUGCAGCAAGAGCUGAUGAACACCCAGGACAAAAGUCGCCAGAGUUUACAGGAACUCUCUGCCAGGGAGGAAGAAAUAGUGGUCCUCAAAAUAGAACUGAGCAAUCUGCAAGAAAAGUUCAAAGCCAAAUUAGAUGCGUUUGACAAAUUGAAGAAUGAUCAUGACUUCAUACAGUAUAACUAUCACUGUUCUGGGGAGGAGAUUCAGUCCCUGCGUAAUGCUCUGGAGGAGUCAAGGUCAAACGGGGACCGUCUCCACAAAGAGAGUGAACUGGUGGUUCAGAACGUCAACACAUGGGUGCAGGAACAAAAGCUUGCAAAUGAGAAACUGGGCAACAAGAUUAGGGAACAAAGCAAAGCUAUUAUGACACUAACAUCAGAAAAAGAGCAAUUGCUUGACCAAGUUGCACAGCUACAGAAACAGAGCAACAAAAUGAAGAUAGAACUAGAAGAGAGGCGAGACGAAUCAGACAGGUUUAAGGCCCUACAGAACCAUUCCUCACAUCAGCAGGUUAUUCUGAAUCAGCUGAGAUCCAGACUGGAGGAUCACGAACAUGAUCAGGAUCAAGAAGUACAGAGUAAAAUAGCGACAAUAGAAGAUCUUCACUCUAGACUGAAACUGAAUAUAGACAACAUUCAACAGCUAAAUCAGCAGCUAAGUACCUUACAAAAAGAGAACCACCGUCUAAGAAAUGACCUUGACCGUGAGAUUUCCUCCCGGCAGACGUUAGAAUUACAGGUGGAAAGCAAGGACCAGACAAUCAGUAGUCUAAAGUCCCAGCUGGACGCAAAACGACACCUCCUUAUCGAAAACAGCUCACCACUCAAGGACUUCGAUAAACCUGAUGAUAAAAAAGACAAAAUAUUGAGGGGAGGAGUUAUUGACAAGCAAAGAGCAUAUGGUAAAGGACUAGAGGAUGCUGGGAUAUCUGAUCCGCACGCUUUAGACAAGAAUUACUGGAUCCAGAGAGUGGGCGAGCUUUCCAUCCAGUUGCAGCAAAGCAGUGAAUACUGGGCAGACAAAGUACGUGAACUUUCUGGGCAACUGGGCAAGGCCCGCUCAACCAUUAGCCAGUCCCCCAAACCUCGAUAGUUUUACGAUGCUAUAUUACAUGUGUGUUAACUCACAGUUUACCGUCCAUUAGACCUAGUCCCAGAGGAUAGUAGUUAUCAGUGGUACCUCUAUGCAACGUUUCAGUAUAGCCACCAUUGUAGGAGAGGUUUUGUCUUGAAUGUGUUUGUGUGUGUAGAGAAGGCAUAAUUUAUUAUAACAAGAUCACAGUAAAAUUCGUGAAUGAACUCCAGCUGAUAUAGCUGCCAGUCAUAAGAUGUAUUAUUUACAGAAAAAAUUUCAUAUACAAUUUUUUUGUCUCGGAAAAUAUUUUAUGUAGAAUUUAUUAGUGUUCAACACUUCUCCUUCUUUUGCCGUCCAUUUAUAUAUUUGCUUUUGAACAUUGUAUUUAUAAAGAUCUUUUUUAUUUACAAUUUAAACAAAAAAUAAUAGGUAGCAACAAAUUUAUGUGAGGUUAAAUGCCAUGUUGAAUAUUCUAAGUAUGGCAGCAUAGCAUUUGUGCAGUAUUAUAUUGCUUCACAUGGGAAGCUGAUGUGUAUAAUAUCAGAAUAUUCCAAGAAUUUUUUUACUCUUUGGACCAAUGUCUUGUGUGUGAACAUGAUAAAAUGAGAAGCUGUGAUAGAUGUUUUUACAUUUGUAGCUAGAAGUGCUUUUAUUUAUAAAAGUGAAUGUUGUAUUUAUUAUAGAUCUGUAUAACUGAUAUUUUGCCAGAUUUUUUUUUUAAGUAGAUGGUUUUCCUUGAAUGUGAAAUUAUGGUUUAUGUAAUAAAAUGUAGCACCAAUUUAUUUAACAGGAAUGAAUUCGUUCCCUGGAAAACAUUGUCCCGCUUUUCAUAUAUACAUACAUAUUUUUAUGAAUAAAAAAAUCCAACACCAUUAACAUGUGUCC